CGAGGGACAAAAAAAAAAUACUCUUGCUGACGUCAUAUUCAGUUGCCGGAAGCCUUGAUCGGUCAUCGUCUCGGCAGUGAAAGAUGGCCGGGUUACUGAAGAAGACCACCGGCCUGGUCGGCCUCGCCGUCUCCCACAAUCCUCAUGAACGUCUGCGCAUUCUCUACUCAAAGAUCUUGGCGACGCUGCAGACCAUGCCGCAGGACGCCGCCUACAGGAAGUACACGGAGCAGCUGGUCAACGGGCGCUUUGAGCACGUGAAAACGGAGCCAGACGUCCAGAAGCUGGAGCAGAAAAUAAACGGUGGACAGAUUGAAGAAGUCAUCUUCCAGGCGGAGUGUGAGCUGACUCUGUCCAGGAAGAUGGCCGACUGGAAGCCAUGGGAGCCGCUGGUGGAGGAGCCUCCGGCCAACCAGUGGAAGUGGCCCGUCUGAAUUUAGUGCAUCUGUCAUACUGUGUGUUUGUGUGUGUGUGGGGGGGAUCUGCUUCUAAUAAAGAAAACUCCUGCAAA